AUGCGUAGAGUGAGGAGACAAAACCCAGCUCAAGUCCUACUAUCUUUUAUCCAGAACGAGGCCACCUUAUUGUGUGACAUGCAGAAGACAUAUGGGCAGCUAAACGACCCAAUGAGCAGUCAUCAGCUCUCGUACAAGGUCACACGUCGCAGUGGAAACGAGCAAAGGCGGGUGCGCAUCGAUCUUCACGAGCCCACGAAAUCAGUGUGCUCCUGCAACUACACACGCGAGUAUGGCUUGCCGUGUGUCCACAUCUUCGCUGCAUUCAGCAAGCAUGGUUCUGCAUCUCGUGCUAUGGAUGUGGUUGAUCGCGUCUACACCCCAUCUGCUCUUAGGCAAGUCUACAGCAUGGCAUUUGAAAAUGGUGGGGAGGAUACGGAGGAUGUGGAUGGGUCGGAGGAGGAAAACGAUGAGCUUGAGGAACAAGGCGAGGAGCAGAAUGCUUCAGUGGAAAAUUCGGCCAACGACAAUUCAAAUCUACCGAUGGUGGAGCUAUUUGAACGAGUAUAUCCUCACAUCCAUCAGAGUGUUGAUGAUGUUACUGAGGUGAGACCGGGGACCUCUGGUGAAAAGAGGGUGGAAAGUGGGGAUGAGGAAGGACGUUCUGAGGAGGGGGAUGAUGGGGAGGAGGGGGCCAGAUUGAAUGUUGAGCCUUGUGCUGCAGCAGCAAACGCUUUUGAAAGAGAGAUAGUUUCACUGCUGAAGGUGUGGUGGGAGGUGUGGAGGAGGAGCAAGGUCCUUUUCCUUCUCAAGGAGGGAUGGGGAGUUCUCAAGGAGGGAUGGGGAGUUCUCAAGGAGGGAUGGGGAGUUCUCAAGGAGGGAUGGGGGCUGGUGCUUCUCAAGGAUGGAUGGGGAGUUCUCAAGGAGGGAUGGGGGCUGGUGCUUCUCAAGGAGGGAUGGGGAGUUCUCAAGGAGGGAUGGGGACUGGUGCUUCUCAAGGAGGGAUGGGGCGUUCUCAAGGAGGGAUGGGGGCUGGUGCUUCUCAAGGAGAAAUGGGGAGUUCUCAAGGAGGGAUGGAGGCUGGUGCUUCUCAAGGAGGGAUGGGGCGUUCUCAAGGAGAGAUGGGGCGUUCUCAAGGAGGGAUGGGGGCUGGUGCUUCUCAAGGAGAAAUGGGGAGUUCUCAAGGAGGGAUGGGGGCUGGUGCUUCUCAAGGAUGGAUGGGGAGUUUUCAAGGAGGGAUGGGGGCUGGUGCUUCUCAAGGAGGGAUGGGGAGUUCUCAAGGAGGGAUGGGGGCUGGUGCUUCUCAAGGAGGGAUGGGGAGUUCUCAAGGAGGGAUGGGGGCUUGUCAAAGAGGGAUGGGGGCUGGUCCGUCUCAAGGAAGUAUGA